AUGAUGCUUGGUGAUUUAGGUGCGGAUGUAAUCAAGAUUGAGAAUCCUGUAGGUGGUGAUGAUACUCGUGCUUGGGGACCUCCUUUUGCUGAAAACAAAGACCCUUUUGAUCCUAAUCAUGGUGAAUCUGCUUAUUUCUUAUGCGUCAACCGUAAUAAGCGAUCUGUUACCGUGAACAUGAAAUCAGAGGGUGGUCGUCAAUUAUUGCAUGAUUUGGUGAAAGAGAGUGAUGUUUUGGUAGAAAACUACUUGCCUGGCAAAUUGGAUCAAAUGGGAUUAGGAUAUAAAGAAUUAAGCAAAAUAAAUCCUAGAUUGAUUUAUGCAUCUAUCACAGGGUACGGGCAAACAGGCCCUUAUGCUCAUCGACCUGGAUAUGAUGUGAUUAUUGAAGCAGAAGCAGGUUUAAUGCAUAUCACAGGUGAACCUGAAGGUAUGCCUGUCAAAGUAGGCGUGGCUAUUACAGAUCUCACCACAGGCCUUUAUGCUAAGAGCGCUAUUCUUGCCUCUAUCAUUCAGCGUGGUAUUACAGGUCGAGGCCAGCACAUUGACUGUUCUCUCCUCGAAUCCCAAGUUGCUUCCCUUGCCAACAUUGGAUCCAAUUUCUUGAUAGGCGGACAAGAAGCAAAGCGUAUGGGUACCUCUCACCCUUCGAUUGUUCCUUACCAAGUGUUUCCCACUAAAAAUUCAUUUGUUAUGAUUGGUGCAGGCAACGAUGGGCAGUUUGCCAAACUCUGUAAACGUAUUGGUCUUGACCAUCUAGUCGAAAAUCCUAAAUACUUGAAGAACUCGAAUCGUGUAAAGCAUCGUCAAGAGUUGAUAGGUAUCUUACAAAACCGCCUUACACAACACGAUACAUCUUACUGGCUUGAAAAGCUGGAAGGUGCUGGAUUUCCUUUUGCUCCCAUUAACAAUAUUCAAGAUACAUUCUCUCAUCCACAAGUUGAAGCGAGAGGCCUUGUACAACAAGUAGAACAUGAGCGUGCAGGCAAUAUUAAGAUGGUGGGUCCACCUGUCAAAUACAGUGAGAGUGAGACAAGUAUUCGAUUGGCUCCUCCACUUUUAGGUCAACAUACAGAACAAGUCUUGUUGGACGUAUUAGGUUAUUCUCAAGAUAAAAUCAACGCUUUACAUCAAGAUGGAUCCAUUGGUUUAUCUGUAUGA